AUGGAUCAUAGCCAGAGAUCUAAUGUCACAAAGCUAUUAGACCUGAAUGGCACUCUUCCUGUCAACCUCAGAGACCUGAAUGGCGCUAUUCCUGCCCACCUCAGAGACCUGAAUGGCGCUCUUCCUGCCAACCUCAGACACCUGAAUGGCACUCUUCCUGCCCACCUCAGAGACCUGAAUGGCGCUCUUCCUGCCCACCUCAUAGACCUGAAUGGUGCUCUUCCUGCCCAACUUAGAGACCUGAAUGGUGCUAUUCCUGCCCACCUCAGAGACCUUAAUGGCACUCUUCCUGCCCACCUCAAGAGACUAGAAUUGCGCUCUUCCUGCCAACCUCAGAGACUAGAAUUUCGCUCUUCCUGCCAACCUCAGAGACCUGAAUGGUGCUCUUCCUGCCCACCUCAUAGACCUGAGUUGCGCUCUUCCUACCCACCUCAUAGACCUGAAUGGUGCUCUUCCUGCCCACCUCAUAGACCUGAAUGGUGCUCUUCCUGCCCACCUCAGAGACCUGAAUGGCGCUCUUCCUGCCCACCUCAGAGACCUGAGUGGCGCUCUACCUAUGUUUCCCUGGCUGACUGGUGUUCAUUCCCGCAGUUAGGCAAUGUGUGUCCGUAUGUGCCUCAGGUUUUCAACUAG